GUUUUUGGAUUGCACAAUGUACCUGACAUUUUGGAAUGAGAGUUGGACAGCACACUUUUCCAGUCAGAUGACAUGUCAGCCAGAGACGAACAAGACACCACGUCAGUAGUCGCUGUCAGCAUGGCCUCUUUCUCCAACAGCAGCUUCAUGUCUUCCAGUGGAGUCCAGAUGAGUUCUUCUUCUGGAAGAAGCAUUGGAAUCAACAGCAGAAGAGCCCCCAGCGUGUAUGCUGGUGCAGGUGGUUAUGGGGUGCAUAUCUCUGGUAUUGCGGGCUCCUCCACAGGCUAUGGCUUUGGCAGUGGAUCUGGAGGCUUCAGCCUUUCCCAAGACCUGGACAUGCUGAUUGGCAAUGAGAAGAUGACCAUGCAAAUCCUGAACGACCGUCUGGCCUCAUACCUGGAGAAGGUGCACUCCCUGGAGAAGGCCAAUGCUGAGCUGGAUCUGAAGAUCCGCAAGCUCCUGGAGAGCAAGACAUCCCCUACUGCUUGUGACACUAGCGCCUAUGAGGCCACCAUCAAACACCUUCAGGAAAAGAUCCAGGAUGCUUUUCGAAGCAAUGGAAACAUCCGUCUCAGCAUCGAAAAUGCCAAGCUCACUGCAGAUGACUUCAGACUCAAGUAUGAGAACGAACUGGGCAUGCGGCAUUCAGUAGAAGGAGAAAUUGCAGCUCUUAGGAAGGUCUUGGAUGACUUGACAUUGGCCAAAUCUGAUGUGGAGGUACAGUUUGAAGAUCUGAAGGAAGAUCUUGUCUUGCUCAAGAAGAACCAUGAGGAGAACCUCCUGGCCAUGAAGAACCAGAUGACUGGCCAAGUCCAUGUGGAGGUGGAUGCUGCACCGCAAGAGGACCUAAGCGCAGUUCUGGCUCAGCUCCGUGAACAAUAUGAGGCCAUUAUAGCCAAAAACCGAAAAGAUGCGGAGGCCUGGUUUCAUUCUAAGACAGAAAUAUUGAGCAAACAGCUGGUUUCUCAUACAGAGCAUCUGCAGACAUCCAACUCAAAGAUCACCGACUUAAAGCGUACCCUGCAAACCCUUGAAGUUGAGCUGCAGUCACAGCAAAACCUGAAAGCAUCCCUGGAAAACCAACUGGCUGAAACAGAAGCCAGCUACUAUAGGCAGCUGGCUGGCUACCAGAUGCAAGUAACAGCCUUGGAGGAACAACUGACACAGCUUCGUGCCAACUUGGAACGUCAGGGCCAUGAGUAUCAGAUCCUGCUGGAUGUUAAGACACGGCUGGAGAUGGAGAUUGUUGAGUACAGGAGGCUGCUGGAUGGAGACCAGGGAAGCGGGACAUCACAAACCAUAACCACGACCCGUAAGGUGGUCACUGUCGUGGAGGAGGUGGUCGACGGGAAGGUGGUCACCAGCACUAGCAAAGAGCUCAAUCAGCAGAUAUGUUCAUGAGAAGACAAAGACAUCACUAA